AUGACUAACAACAAUGGAUGUAUUAUAUCCGGGGAAAUUGAUAAAGGAGAAAUAUUCAAGGAGUUUUCUACAAAAUUUGUAUCAACGGUAGCAACUAGUGAAUCUGAUCGUUCUGAGAAUGCAGGCGGCACUCGUGAUGGUUGGUUACUUAUUGAGGCUAUUAGACAAUUCGAUAAAGACUGGUCCCGAACUUUCUUUUAUUAUAUGAAUGCUUUGGAACUUGAAGAUCCCAAGGAUUUGAUUAGGAAGUUGGAUGGAAAGGUACACAUGUUUCGUGAUGGUGAAAAGAAGUUGAGGGUUGCUGUGAUAAAGACUGAGGGUAAUUGUGAUGUUAUGAAUCUGAUUGACAGUGCUAUUUCGAGACGGUAUGAGUUUAUUUUUAAAAUUUAUGUUUAUUUUUUCAGCAAAAAUAAGCGUAAUUCUCGUCAUCGUGUUGCUUUUUCUGACUAUUCCUACCGACGACUUGCAUCGACUUAUCAACAUCAUAUUCGACCGCCGUUGUUUAAUUACAGUUUUUAUCGCCCUAUUUAUUAUAAUGAUUUGGACCAACCUGCUCGACUUGAAAGAAUUAAUGAUGUUCAGGUUGGAAGAAACACGGACAUUGGUGCUGGACUUGGGCGACAACAGCAAGGACAUUCACAGGAGGAACUUCGCCAGGAUGGAUUUUCUCAAGAAAAUCUUGACACAGUCUCAACAAUUUCAUCCGCAUCAGAAGAUCACAAAGCGCCUCCUUUUCUUGAUGAGUCGCGACUGCUUAAUUGUUCUGCAACCAAGAAGCUUCGUUUUUUGCCACAGUAUUUUGAGAAGAUUUAUGCUGCAAAUAAGGAGUGGUUGUCUAACAAGAAGAAUAAGAAGAACAGCAUUAAAAAUUCCAACUCAAGCCUGUCUUCUUCUGGAUCUUCUGCUGAAUGUAUUAUUUCUCGUCUUUGUUCUGAAUUUGCGGGAUUGAAAAUUUUUGAUUGA